CUGACGGGGCCCUCGAGCUGGGGGCGGAGAGCCGCGGGGGGGUGGGAGGAACUUCUUCCAGAACCUUCCUCUGGCCCAGGCUGCGCUCUGUGCCAGGCGCCACACACGUAUUCGGAGGAGGCGGCCCCGGGGUCGCAGGAUGGGAGUGCGUGUCCGCCAGGCGGUAUAACUGGAGCCCCGGGAGUCAGCGGGCCGGACAGUACGGCGGGCCACCCCCGGCUCAGCCCCUGGAUGGUGACCGCCCCCUCGGAGAGUCCCUGCAGACAUGGCAGAGAGCUGGCUGCGCCUCUCGGGAGCAGGGCCGGCAGAGGAGGGCGAGGGUGGCCUGGAGGAGCCGGACGCCCUAGAUGACAGCCUGACCAGCCUGCAGUGGCUUCAGGAAUUCUCCAUCCUCAACGCCAAGGCCCCCGCCCUGCCCCCGGCGGGCACUGACCCCCACGGCUAUCACCAGGUGCCAGGCUCUGCGGCACCCGGGUCGCCCCUGGCUGCUGAUCCCGCCUGCCUGGGGCAGCCGCACACGCCAGGCAAGCCCACGUCGUCGUGCACGUCGCGAAGCGCGCCCCCGGGGCUGCAGGCCCCGCCCCCCGACGACGUGGACUACGCCACCAACCCACACGUGAAGCCGCCCUACUCUUAUGCCACGCUCAUCUGCAUGGCCAUGCAGGCCAGCAAGGCCACCAAGAUCACUCUGUCGGCCAUCUACAAGUGGAUCACGGACAACUUCUGCUACUUCCGCCAUGCCGAUCCCACCUGGCAGAAUUCGAUCCGCCACAACCUGUCCCUGAACAAGUGCUUCAUCAAAGUGCCCCGGGAGAAGGAUGAGCCGGGCAAGGGGGGCUUCUGGCGCAUCGACCCCCAGUACGCUGAGCGGCUGCUGAGCGGGGCCUUCAAGAAGCGGAGGCGGCCCCAGGUCCACAUCCACCCGGCCUUUGCCCGCCAGGCCGCCCAGGAGCCCAGCGCUGUCCCCUGGGCCGGGCCGCUGACCGUCAACUCGGAGGCCCAGCAGCUGCUGCGGGAGUUCGAGGAGGCCACAGGGGAGGCCAGCUGGGGUGCAGGGGAGGGCAGGCUCGGCCAUAAGCGCAAGCAGCCGCUGCCCAAGCGGGUGGCCAAGGUCCUGCGGCCCCCUAGCACCCUGCUGCUGACCCAGGAAGAGCAGGGGGAGCUGGAGCCCCUCAAAGGCAACUUUGACUGGGAGGCCAUCUUCGACACGGGCACUCUGGGCGGGGAGCUGGGCACACUGGAGGCCCUGGAGCUGAGCCCCCCGCUGAGCCCUGUCUCGCAUGGGGACGUGGACCUCACCGUCCACGGCCGCCACAUCGACUGCCCUGCCACCUGGGGGCCUCCGGCGGAGCAGGUCGCCAACAGCCUGGACUUCGACGAGACCUUCCUGGCCACGUCCUUCCUGCAGCACCCGUGGGACGAGAGUGGCAGGGGCUGCCUCCCCCCGGAACCCCUCUUGGAGCCGGGAGAUGCCACUCUGGCCGCUGACCUGCAGGACUGGGCCAGUGUGGGCGCCUUCUUGUAAGAGGCCAGGCCCUGCCCCCACCUCCGGACAGUGCCCAAAUCAGGGCCCAGGAACUGCCCCCCCUAACACUCCUCUGCCCAGGCAGGGGCUGGGUCAGGCCCCCAAGGCAGGCCCCACAAGGCCACACCGCCACCCGCCCAGGCUGCCCUCAGAAUCAAGCCCAGGAGGCCAAGAACCAGGGCCCGGGACCAGAGCUGCUGCCUCCCCUCCCCAGCCCCGUACACACAGUGUUUCAUUGACCGGAGUCCCCUCGGCCCUGCACUGAGCAGCUGACGCCUGGAUGGGCCCUGGCCGGGUUGGGGAGGGACAGAACAGGGCCCUCCCCAGAGCAAUUCAGCUGUCUCCCUCUCCCUCCUGCUUCCCCAGGUCUCCAUCCAGAGAAAGUUCCCAAGUACAACAGAUGCUAAUUAGGUGACAGCAAAUUAACCCCCUGGAGGCCUCUCCCGGCAGAGACUCCCUGGAGCAGGGCUGGCAGGAGUGGGGUGGGCGGAGCUGGGCAGAGGGCUGGAGGAAAGAGGGAGCUCGAAAUGGGGGUGUGUGGGGUGGGGCUAGGAGACCUCCUCUGAGGCCUGAGGGUCUUCACCUGGCCCAUCAAUAGGGUGCAGGAGAACAUGAGUCCUUAAUCUGCCUCCUCCCCACCAGGGGUAGCUGCUCUGGGGCUGGAGUCUGCGGGGGCGUGGACAGACAGACUAAUGUAGUGUGUAGCUAGACCUGAGGCCUAACUAGGAGCGAUCCGUGGGGUCCGGGAACGGGGUAGCCCUUGCCCCUGCCUGCACUUGGAGGGGGCUGUCUCACUCCACCCUGACUCCCUGGGCUGCAGCCCACACCGACCCUCCUGCC